AUGGCCCCCACCUGCAGCACCCGUGAAAGGCUCGAGGGUGCCUUGGGGAGGAUCGCUGUUGUUGCUGUCAAGCGUUUAAUGAAAGAAGCUGCAGAACUGAAGGAUCCUACAGAUCAUUACCAUGCUCAGCCUUUGGAGGAUAAUCUUUUUGAAUGGCAUUUCACUGUUAGAGGCCCUCCAGAUUCAGAUUUUGAUGGAGGAAUAUAUCAUGGACGAAUAGUGCUACCACCAGAAUAUCCAAUGAAACCACCAAGCAUUAUUCUCUUAACAGCCAAUGGAAGGUUUGAAGUGGGGAAGAAAAUUUGUUUAAGCAUCUCAGGACAUCAUCCUGAAACAUGGCAGCCUUCAUGGAGCAUAAGAACAGCCUUACUAGCCAUUAUUGGGUUUAUGCCAACAAAAGGAGAAGGAGCCAUAGGAUCCCUAGAUUAUACACCAGAGGAAAGAAGAGCACUUGCCAAGAAGUCACAGGAUUUCUGCUGUGAGGCAUGUGGUGUGUCCAUGAAGGAAGCCCUGCUACCAUUAACAUCAGAAAGCUCUUCAAGCCAAGCUGACAAAGAGGCUAAGGAACUUGCCAGACAAAUUAGCUUCAAGGCGGAAGUCAGUUCAUCCAAAAAGUCUAUUGCUGAAUCUUCAAACACAUCAGGUUUGAACCACUCUUCCACACUACCUGAACCUACACAGGACAAUAUAGAUAGAGCAUUCCAGGAUCUCACCACCAGUGCUAUGUCUGAAAAUCAGAACAACUCUGCAACACCCAAUCAAGAGCAUGCCCAACCUGUAUCCAGUAAUACCUCCAUGAGCCCUCGCCAGCGCCGGGGCGCCCACCAACAGAGUCAAAGAAGGGCACCAUCUUCAACUGACUUUAAUCGGGUCCAGCAACCAAGAGUUAACACAAGCCACACUGGUUCAACUGUUUUGAUCAUUCUUCUGACUUUAGCAUUGGCAGCCCUUAUAUUCCGACGGAUAUAUCUGGCCAAUGAGCGUAUAUUUGAGUUAUAAGGGGUUUUUUUCUGUCUUAAGAGAAGUGACUUGAAUGAUUCAUUAAACAUUCUGUACUGGGCAUGACAUGAGAACUGUUUACAAAAGAUUACUUUUCGUAUUUACUCUCAAGUCCUGAUGAAUGUUAAUAUGCCUUUAGGGUACAUUACUUUAUAAGAAGGGCAAACCUUGCCAUUUGUAUGAAUACUAACAACUGUUAAUGAUCUGUGAACAACCCCUAUACACAUGGAGAAAGAAUUGGUUGAAUAUUAAGAGAAUAUGUAAGGCUAACAUUUACUGGCUAAAGGAGACAGUUAAAAAUGAGACUUUGUAAUUUUUUUUUUUAUUUUAUUUUGUGAAAAAUUAAAUACAGAUAGUCACUGUAUCUAAGCUAGCAUAAAUUUACCUUGGAGAAGGGCUUUUAAGAUGAAACAUGGUCUGUUUGCUUUGAGUGAACUCUUAAUUGAGUAGGGGGAUGUUUUGUAACCACUUUUAUUUAUCAAAAAGCAGUUUUUUGGGGGGAGGAGGGAUAGGAAAAGUGUAGGAAAUUGUAAUUUCUGUGGCAAAAAGGGGCCAGAAGAGUGUUUGCUUUAUUUUUUGUUUUUAAUUUCUUUGGAAGUUAGAUUGGAUAAUCUUAUACAAGAUUUGAAUGUCAUCUUCUCAUACUUUCAACUGUAUAUCUUGCUUUUUUAAAUUUGAAGAUGUUAUAUAUAACUAUUACUAUUGCAAUAGUUAUAAAUAUGUAAUAUAAUUAUUUACCCAGAGCUAUUGUCUUUUAAUUAUUUCAUAAAUAUACAAAUUGCAUUAAAUUGUUUCAUAUGCAGUUUUAUUUACUGAAAAGAACUUAAAAUUUUUCAUGCUGAAACUUUGCAAUACUUGGGCAAGCUUGAGAAGUAUUCAUGAGUUCCUUGAGUAUGUGUUUAUUGCAAACCAAACCUCAUUGACUGGCACAUCAUUUAUUUUCUUUUAUCUUGAUGCAGAACUGCAAGAGGAAGCUUUAAAAAUCAGCAACUUUAAGUAUCUUUCUAAUAUAAAGAUCAAAGCAUUUAUGAUGCUUCAUUUUCCGUGGUGUUUUUACAAAUAGAAGCAAUGGGGUGAUCACUUUGAGUGUACAGGUAUAAUUGAUACGGUCUAAAACUUCAUUUAAGAGACACAAGAGACUUGCAAAUUUGCAUAUCUGCUAGUGCUCAUUAAAGCCUGAAUUUUACUCUGUUUCUCAGGAAAAAUAUAAUCUGUGCUGUAAUCAACUCAUUUUUCAAAAUAUACUAUAUGCUGAUGUAUUUUGAAGUAUUACAAAUAAGUAAAACUUCCAUUUUUGAAAAUUAACAAACAUGUAUUUCAUUAUGUGACGUGAUUUUAAAACUUGCAAAAUUUGGAAAUGGGUAGCUUGAUGGUUAUUGUGACUUACUGCUGUCUUACUGUACAUACAUCAAAGCAUUCUUGUUUUAAUUAAACAUUUAAAAGUAUA